AUGAAUGACUUUAUUAUUGGUCGUCAACAGCUUCAUCAUCAUCAUCACUGUCAUCUUCAUCUUCAUCAUCCUCAGACUCUCUGUGUGGGCGGAGCCUCGGAGCUGGCCUUCCUGAAAGAGCCCGGUGAUGUCAUUGCAGCGAGGGACCGCCCCCUGAUGCUGGACUGUCAGGUAGAAGGGGAGGGGCCUAUCUCCAUCACCUGGCGGAGGAACGGCGUUCCCGUGGCGACCGGCGUCAGGGCGACGGUGCUCCCUAACGGAACGCUGCUCAUCAAGAACUUCUCCAAGAGACGAGAAAGUAACGAGACGGACGCCGGCGAGUACGACUGCGCCGCGCAGAACCACUACGGCAUGCUGAUCAGCCGCAAGGCCCGAGUCCAGCUCGCAUCCCUCCCUAAGUUCCUGUCUCACCCUGAGUCUGUGGCGGUGGAUGAAGGGGGCGUGGCCAGACUCACCUGUCAGGUAAAUGGAAUCCCAGAAGCCAACAUCACCUGGCAGAGAGACCGACGCCCACUGAGCACCGAGGACCCCAGAUACACUCUGCUUCCUAACGGCAUCCUGCAGAUUACCGGCGUCCGGCAGACCGACAGCGGCUUGUAUCGCUGCGUCGCCUCCAACAUCGCCAACACCCGUUACAGCCACGAGGCCCAGCUGUCCGUCACCGUUGCAGGAUCCAGGAUCUACAAGGAGCCCGUCAUCCUGUCCGGUCCUCAGAACCUCACCAUCAACGUCCACCAGACCGCCAUCUUGGAGUGCAUUGCCACAGGAAACCCCCGCCCCAUCGUGUCCUGGAGUCGCCUUGACGGGCGGUCCAUAGGUGUGGAGGGGAUCCAGGUUUUGGGAACCGGGAAUCUGAUGAUCUCUGACGCCACGCUGCAACAUUCAGGAGUUUACGUUUGUUCAGCCAACAGACCGGGAAGCAGAUCCCGACGGACGGCGCUCGGACGACUGUUCGUACAAGCUCCUCCAGAGUUUGUGCAGUGGCCUCAGUCCGUCUCCAGACCAGCAGGGGGCAGCGCCGUCUUCAGCUGCACGGCGUCCGGCGUCCCGGAGCCGCACCUCAUCUGGCUGAAGAACGGCAAACUGCUGGCGCCCAGCGGCAACGUCAAACUCACCAACGGAAACACGACGCUCGCCAUCACCCGCAUCACCCCCGAGGACGAGGCCAUCUAUCAAUGCAUCGCAGAGAACAGCGCCGGCACCAACCAGGCCAGCGCCCGUCUCGCCAUCAGCCAGGGGCCCGAGCUGCCCGAGGCCCCCGUCGGCCUCCAGGCCACGCCCCUCAGCUCCACCAGCCUCCAGCUGAUCUGGGAACAGCCGCCAGAGCACGUCAGCCAGCACAUCAUCGGAUACGUCCUGCACAUCCGACGACUCGGAGAGCCGGACAGUGCGGAGCUGCAGGAGGCCGUCAGUAAAACGACCUUCAGACACGAGUUUGCCAACCUGGAAGCAGCCACCACCUACUCCAUCUACCUGAAGGCUUACUCUGCUCUGGGAGGAAGCCAGCAGUCCAACACCAUCACCUCGACUACACUGGGGGGCGUUCCCAGUUCUCCCAGUUUCUUCACAAAGGUGUUGAACCAGACAGCCAUGCAGGUGUACUGGGAGCUGCCCAGUAAGCCGGGGAAGGUGGAGGGCUUCAGGCUGGAGUACCGUGGGGUUUCCAACCCAGACAUCCAGGGACAGGAGACCUUCCCAGGACACAUCAACACCCACACCAUUUCCCACCUGGAGCCAGGAGCGGUUUAUGAGAUCCAGCUGGUGGCGUUUAAUGGGAACGGAGACGGUCCAUCUAACCGCCGCCUGGUGUCUCUGUCAGAAGGAGGAAACCCUGCAGCGGCUGGUCCGAACUGUAACUGUGAUCAGUCUGACGGUUCGAUGUCGACUCUGCUGGUGGGUGUUCACAGCGGCCUCGCCUGCAUCCUCUGCUGCCUGCUCUUCAUCCUGCUGGGAUACAGACGCAGUUUUUUGUGCAGGAAGGCGGCGAGCUGGGAGACGCCGCCCACUCUGGAUGGUGUCAGAGGCCCUAAAAUUCACACACCUGAGAGCAUCGAGCUGAGCCAGAGAUGUGACUCCACCCCUCCUCCAGUGAUGGUCAUGGUUGAAGCAACCCCACCCGUCCAGGCCGGCACAGGCACCGGAUAAAACAAAUGCAUACUACUACCUCCUUACCUCCCCCCUCCUCCUCCUCCUCCUCUUCCUCCUCCAGCCUGUCGCGACCUCUCCUCUCCUGACAGCCUUACAGCCACAUCAGCCUUUAUAAACGACAGAUUAGAUUUGAACUUUGAGAUUAUUGAGAUGAUGAGUGAGUGAGGAACAUCCAGAGAGCGUCUGAUACCACAGAGGAACACAAACAGCGCCUGCUUUCACUCCAGUUCAUGAUGAUUUCAUAUCCAGACUGAAACCAAAGCUGAAUUCUCCUGAUUCGAUCUUUAAAACAAACAUUCGUUACACAGGACCAGCGACUGCUGGUCACAUGACUGUAGCUCAUUCCUGUGUGGUAUCAGAUGUUGGUGUCUCCGUGGCAUCCAUGAUGUUCCUGUUGAAACCAAAACCUUUUUCCUUCAGUUUGAGUCAUUUUGAGUUUGUCACCAUCGGUGCCGAGUUUCCUGAGACACCGAGGCCUUCCACCAGUCUGACCAGAGACCGGGUCCUCAGAGGGUCCACGGCAGGUUCACUACCUGAGCAGGUAGUUUACCUGUCGGCCUCCUGAGGCCCAGAGCCAAAGGGAUUUAUGAUUUCUCUGGUCAGGCGGUGACUGUAGAGGACAUGAGCGCUCCUCUGCUCUGCUUUAGCCUUUUACCUGUUUGUUUGUCUCACCGAGUUCGCCUCCGGUUAGGACGGAAAGGAAGCCGACAGUCAGCUGGUU